UGCGGUUCGGUUCGGUUUGAUGUUUUGCACGUGCAAAAUACAUAUUUUUAAACGUCGUGCGCUCGAGCUUUCCAUAGUGAUUUCGUUGUGCCGCUAGUGCUUGGCCCACAUUACGUACAUAUACGCUGUGUACGCGUCCUCAUUACGUGCGUUUUAAUAUCCGUUGUGUGACAUAAAAGAUUUUCAAUAAUAUUAACGUGUAUAUUGUGCAAUAUUUUGACAAGAAUUAUAUUGCGGCAACGCGUGUGUGUUGACAAGUGCAUUUUAAAGGAUUUAACAAGCGGUAGCCAUAUUCGUUUUUGGCUGGUACUAAGUGUUUAUUGUGGUAAUUAGUUGUAGCUACUCUUGUUUAGUCAGCAGCGCAUGUGCAAUUGCAGCGCUAAUUGUUUAACAUACAAUAAAUCUCAAGACCUUACUUUUUUAAAGAAAAUUUCGCACGCGUAAAUUUCGUGUGGCAUGCAGCAGGCUUAAGCAGCGCGCGCUGCAAGUGUAAUUUAUUUCGUAAUAUUUUAUAUUGACAUCUCAUUCGGCGCUAACUAUAACGCUUUUAGUGCGUAAACUUUCAGAAACGCGCUUGUUCUUCUUGUGCUUCAAAGACGCCGCGCUAUAUUAGUGUGUGUCGGACGCGCGCGCUCGCGCGCUGCACGUUUCCUACAGUCCGCGCGUGUCUUGUAAAUUUACAUAAAUAAUCUAAGUGAUUUUCAAUCCCAAUUUCGAUAACAAUUUCUCAUGUAACUACAAGUCAGCGCGUAAUAUACUAUAGUGUCACAUAAUUCUCAGCAAAUAGCGCGCAUACAUAUAUACUCGUGUACUGUGUGCGGCGCGUAGUGACAGCGGCAGCUCGUAAAAUGUUUAAUAUACUCGCUGUGCGACACCUGACUGGCAUACCAACACGUACUAACUAAAGACGAACUGUGCGUUCCCAUUGCGUCCACUAUAUACACUUGCUUACGACAAGCGCAUGCAACGUGCUGCUGCUGAAGGACACUCAAGUUGUGCCGCAUUGAGAUAGCUGGCUACCGCGCUUACUCUUACAUCCACACUAUGUGUGUGUGUGCGUUGUCGUAAAAUAUCACCGUUGGACGUGCGCGGAUUAGAAAGCCACCAGCGAGUGUUGUGGGCAAGUUCCGGUCGCAACGCGACGCUGUCUAUGUAAAUAGCGCGUUGCUUGUGCGCCACAGACGCUCCGUCGCUUUCCAGCUGUCAGACCUCGAUGUCUUCGUGAAUUAGUAGAUCUCGGCAGCAGACAGCAGAUAUUGCAAAAGACUUUGAAUUAUUGUGGCACUUCUCUUAUUGCCACCUGUCAUUGAUUUCGCGCUGAAAAGGUUCAACUGAAGAUUCGCUCCGUUCGCAAAUUGAUUGCUUCAUCGACAACAUCGCUAUAUAGACAUUCUGAGAGAGUUUCCAAAAAUAACUAAACACAUAGAGAUCUCUAGCGCAAAAAUUCAAUUAUGUGUAUGUCCAGUGGCACGAAUUGCAUGCAGGAAGUCGAUGUGAAUCAUUAACAAGUGCAACAACAACUAACGAGUAGCAAGUGUGUGGCGAGUUCGUAGACUAGGGUGCCACUCCGUUAUAGCUCAUUUACAGCGGCACAGCACGUAGGCUACAAGCCAAAAGCAGCUCCCACGAGUGUAUCAGCACUUCACAACGGUCUGUUUGCAACACAAACUGCUUAUAUUUUCAACGUGAGUGUGUGUGUGUGUCGGUGAGCGCUCAUUUGCCAUUCCACGCAGCAGUUCAUCUGCAAUCUAACGUUCCAUCUACACACAUUUAAAGCAGCCACAAAGCAAUCAUGUCUAAAAGAGAGCGAUUAUUUCACGAAUGGUUCAAUCUGUUCGCGCUGAUCUGGAUGAUCAUCACCGACAUAUGUUUCAACGCGCACUGUUUGAAGGACCUGAAGAUAUUUGUGCCGGAAGCAGUUAUCAUGGGCAAUGCAGCGACGCUCUCGUGCCAAUACGAUCUCGGGCAGGCUGCUCUCUAUUCGGUGCGCUGGUAUUUCGACACUGAGGAAUUCUAUCGCUAUGUGCCCAAGGAGUCACCGCCCACGCUGGUCUUUCCGGUGUCUGGCAUUAAUGUCGAUCUCACAAACUCAGACGCCACUUCGGUGACAUUGAAGGGUGUCAACCGUGAACUAACCGGCAACUAUCAGUGCGAAGUGUCCGAGGACAAGCCGCUCUUCCACACCGAUAUACGCUCCGCACACAUGCAGGUCAUCGAACUGCCCAAGGAUGAGCCGGCCAUGCAGGUGGAUAAAAAGGUCAUCACAAUGAAUGACAAUUUCAAGGCUGUCUGCACGGUGGGGCCGUCAUAUCCGCCGGCUAACAUAACAUGGUACAUCAAUGGACGUAAGAUCUACAAAACACCCUUUCAGCGCAUCAAUCAUGUCGCCUUCGAAGGUUCCGCCACAUACUCCUCGCUCGAGAUCUACCCACACAGCCAGGUGCUGCAAGGCUUCUUCCAGGGUGUGCCCAAAUACCAGACGACCAGUAUACUGCUGCUUUGCGAGGUUUCCAUACUGCAUGUCUUCCAUAAGAACGUGCAACAACGCCUGCUGUUGAGCAUAACGCCGCCCACCACCAUCUCGCCAAACCUGCUCGGCCUCGAGGGUUCGAAGCGCAUCAAUGGUGAUCCAGAUAACUCGGCGCUCACCGGUGGUGGCCUCAGCCACCACAACAGCAGCAGGCGAAUAGGUGGCUUCUUCGCGAUCAUCGGUAUGGCGUUCGUUGCGUUGCUGGCGGUGGGCGUGUGUCAUGGCGCUACAGUUGACAUGGUGCUCAGUGCUGAUGGAAUGCCGCCGUACGAACCUCGACCAGCUGUGUUGGUGGAAACUGUGUCGUUGAACGAGACGGUUGUGGGUGCGACGUCGGCGUCGCUGGCGCCAAGCGUGGCUGCCGAGCAGGAGGCUAAGCGUCAGCUGUGACCUCAAAGCAGCGUUUAAAUUGGUGACGCGACCUCAGUGAUGGCAAGCACAGUGCAACAACUACAAAGUAAAUAAAUAACGGUAGUAGUAUUAUGGAAGCCGCAGGGAGCAUGAGAGAGAGAAAACAACAACAACAACAACAAUGACUGCCGCAGCACCAGCCGCAGCAGGCGGUAUGAGCGGCUAACACGGCAUGCAAACUAUAACUGUAGAGAAAUGAUAAAUUAAUGCAACAACAACAAAAGAACCCACAAUAAAACCAAAUCAAAAUGGCAAACAAUGGAAAUUGCUUUUGCACACAAAAUUUAAUUGUGAAAAAGAGCAAAAAAAACAAAAACACAAAAAAAAUCAAAUUAAAUCUAAUAUUUAAGCAUACAAAUAAUAACGGUAAAUGUAGUCAAGCAACAACAACAAAUUAUGCAUAAAUAUGUGUGCUAUGAAAAGAGGGUAAACAAAAAAGAAUGCCCAAAGUAAAUAGUGAAAAAUAAUUAUAACGAAAUUAAUUUAAAUAUUUGAUGACAACAACAAAAGCAAAAACAACAACAGUAGUAAUGUGUAUACAGCCUGCACGCGAAGAAAAGCCAUAAUAAAAUAUAGUAUAAUAACAACAAAUAAAUAUAUAUACAAAUAUGAAUUCGAAAUAAUUAAAUGUAAAUUAAGUUUUUAAGGCAACAAAAACAAAAAACACAACAAAAUUGUAAAAUAGCAACAAAAAAGAAAACGCGUUACAAAAGGAAAAAUCAAAAGGCAUUGCAAAAAAACAAAAACAAAAAAAUACUUUUAAAUGUGUUAGUGUGUAAGUCUUGGCAUAAUUGGCGUAAAACAACUUCUUGGCUAUGUUUGUGCAUGUGUCAGCGUAAUUUAUGGCGUAUUAAAAUCAAAACUUUCAAGCAAAUAUUUACAGUAGUUGUAAGGCUUACGAAAAUCGCCGCAAAAUGUUGCUGCAAAAUGAAUUCCGGCUGCAAACAGGCGCAUAUUUACACAGUAAAUUAAAGACAUUAGUGGGUGACAUUGAUGCUACAAGAAUACAGUGAAUCUUGAUUUGUUGUGAAGUAGGAAAUAUUUUAUACUUUAAUUAUAAUAUAGUUCAAUUUUUCUAAUUUCAUUAUUUUUUUUUAUAAUUUAAUUUGUUUUGCCGACAGAUAUAGCUUUAUAUGCUUAUUCAUUAGGUUGGUAAAUAUAUCUAAGUGUUACAGUGAUCGGAUUUAGUUCAAAUAUGCGUCGUUUCGUUCAAUAAUCUUUUUCCAGCUAGACGGCAACUUCAUAAUACCCCCUCUUAGAAGCCCCCCUCCUAUAUUUGCGAAGAACUCAAGCCUCUUUUGAGUUCAACAGUACACCAACACGAGCGUUCCUUGGGCUAUAUGGUGGAUGCCCUAAAACCUCCCAUCCGAGCUCCCGUAGCUUCUGACAAGUAAUCAACGAAGUAUGGGGUCUGUCGUUGUCAUGGUGGAACACUACACGCUCCAUGAUGGCCAAUUCUGCGUUAAGCGUCUGGCCAUAUGGGAGCAGCUCAUAGUGGAUAAUUCCCUUCCAAUUCCACCAAACACACGGCAAAACCUUCCUGGCCGUCUAUUGCGGCUUGGCCACUGUUUGGGACGAUUCACCAGCCUUCGACCACCACCCUUUUCGCUUGAUAUUGUCGUAUGUGAUCUAUUUUUAGUCGCCAGUCACCAUCCGAUUCAAAAAUGGGUCGAGUUCGUUCCGUUUCAGCAUUCGCACGCGUUGAUUCGGUCCAGAAGUUUUUUUUUGCGUCAAAUCAUGCCGCACCCAAACAUCAAGCUUUUUUGUGUAUCCAGCCUAAAUGCAUAAGGGGUUACUUGGGUUUCAUGUCCCUAACAUUCUAACAUAUUGUCCCAAAUUUUAAGACAAUCCGAGUCUUUCGCGUUUUUCUCAAACCUGUGUUUUUAAAGUCGGUUGUCAAAAUUUUUCGAGAACUACUCAAAUGAUCUUAUUUUAAACAAGUCUAUGAGAUACAAUUUGCAAAUACUUGAAUGAAGGAUGGGUCUAAUAUCAGUCUAGUACUCCCCUACCACACACUGUACUAAGACUUUUCAGAUGGCAUCCAUAUUCAUCUGUAUUGUGGUUCAUUUUGCUAAAAGCAAAAAAAAUCGGCUGGAAGUAAGGCCUUAAAAUACAACACUUUCCUUUGAUUUUUAAGAUUAUCAUUAGUUCGAUUUGAAGAUCGGUUUGGGCUCUCAAAGAGUCGGGACUCAUCGUAUAAUUCAACUUAUAAUUGGACUUGAUUAAGUGUUUCUAUCAUUCUAGUAACAAUAUGACCUUAACAGUAAAAUCUUACGCAUUAUCAUUCAUACCUAAGUCACAAUCCUAGAAAAUAUUUGAACAGUUUGCAGCUUUUCCCAAAGCGAAAUUAACUGUUUUCGUUUGUAAAAUAUAAUUCAUUAAUUUUCAAGAAAAAGAUAUCAGAUAAGUUGGUUUGGGAAGCAGGACCUUCGUAUAUAUAAAUAUAAAUAUAAAUAUAUGUAUAAAUAUAUGUAUAUGAAGAUAUUGAAAAGGUAAAUUUGUACUUUCAUAUUUAAAAUAAAUAUAUUUAAAAUCACUGGUGAAUUGAUAGUUUAUAUUGAUUCGACAACUUCAAAGAUUUCAGUUGCAAUUACUUGUUCUUGUAGAAAAAGUUUCUUUGAAAUUCCUUUUAUUACAAAUAUUUUUUCCUACUUUCUACAAUAUUUUGUCUUAUUUAAGUAAAAAUAUCCUUUAAAACAACAUUUUAUACUUAAUGUCGCUGCAUCAACUAAACCUUGCAAGCAAUUAAUCAAGUCAACUACAUUUAUCUAAACAUAUUUAAUAAACGACUUUAUACAUACAAAUACAUGCAAAUACAUACAACCACAUACAUACAUACGAGUCCAUACAUAAAACAAAUAUCUAAGCAUAAAUCAAAUUUAUACAAAAUGACUUUAGAAUUGCUCAAAUGAGACAGAAACUUAAAUCAAAAUCAAAAUUACAAAAAGAAAAAAAAAUCAAAACUAAAAUCAAAAUCGUGUUUUUAUGCCAAAAUAAGCUAAAUAAGAACAACAACAACACUUAUCCUAUAUACGAGUGCAUAAAGUAUAAAUACCAAUGUGACUAAGCCAAUAUUAAUUUUACGCUCUAUUUUGAAAAUGUAAAUAUAUAUAAAUACAGCCUAUAUAAGGCAUACAAACACACUGCACAUAAUAAAAGUAAAUGCAUACAUAGAUUAAACUCACACACACAAAGCAAGUCAUAUACGAGUAGUAUAGUACAUAUGUGUAUGUAUAGUAAUUAAUAAAUAAUGUAAGGUAGUUAUGUAAGUAUAAAAUUUUUGUAAAUUGUGUGGUCAAUUAUUGACUAAAAAAUGUUGGAAAAUGUCAAAGUAAACACAACAAAAAAAAUAUUUUUAAUAAAAUAUGCUAUUAUAGAAGAAGAAAGUGUUUAGCCAAAUGUAUUAUAAGUAUUAAUUUACAAUUAACCUUUUGACCUUUGUACAUAAUGCAAAUAGUUGACACCAAAUUGUAUGUGUUUUGUUAAUGAAAAUCUGUAGUGUUGUUGUUUGUGUUCAUUUUGAAUAUAAUACAACGUUUUGUGUGAUAUAUGUAUGUAGCAAACAAUAUUUUCAUUAAUUUAGUGCUAUCGCAUCAAAAAUUAUUAUAUAUUAAUUUCACAAUUGUAAAUUUUAAUUAAAAUGGUCGGAAAAGUAUGUAGUGAAGCAAUAAAGCGAUAUUAAGGCAAGUAAAAGUUAAAGGCGGGUUUCCAGUUUCAAGUGUAUCAAAAGCUUACGUUAGGUGCCGCUGUUGUAAAGUAUUUGUUUUAUUGAUAGCGCUGCAUAGAAAAUAGUAAUUCUUUUAAGGUUGAGUAUUAAAUAUCUUAAGACAAAUUGUACUUUAUUUAUUAUUUUUUCUUAUUUUUAAUUUUUUUUUUAUAGUUUUAUUUUAAUAACAGUUAGCAAGCUUUCCUUUACUGAACAAUAUAACUAUAGCAAAUACAUAUAGCGAUUAAAAGUUGGCUUGCUUUCAUACAUUGUACUAUACUAUAUAUAAAACUGUAGUAAAAAUAAAAAUCUUAUGUAAAUAUAUAAAGAAAGCUCUUGAAAUUUCUACACUAAUACAUACACACGUACGUAUGCAAUAAUGCGGGAAGGAACUUUCACACUGAGAAAGGUUAACUUGACCUAUGUUUGCAGCGCAAUUAAAAUGCGGUAAUUCAAUUCAUAGCAAAUAAAGAAAAAGGUAAAAUAGAAAAUAAUAAAAAAAUUAAAAUAAAAAUAGCAUAAAUGGUAAAAAAAUUAUUUUGUAAAAAAUAUGUUGUUUUUGUUAGUAAUGCUUAUAUGUAUAUCUAUACCACUGCGAAGCAUGUUGAAGAAGUGCUAUGAAAGUCCAACAACACUAAAAGAGCAAACUUAAAUAAAAUAAUGCAAAAAAAUAUACAAAAAUGUAAACUAAAAUUUAUAAAAACAAUAAAAAAUAUUAUGAAGAAUCAAGAAUCAAAAUUCAUUUAAAAUAAAAACAAAAACAACAGAAGUUGGUGACAACAAAAACAAAAUAUGAUAAAGCAAGUUUUAGUUGAAUUAAUGUUGAUAGCUUAGUGAUAGUAAAAAAUAAACUAUAAAAACAAAAUAAAAAUAUUAAAAUAAAUUAAAAUGAGAUAUAACUUGAAGCUGAUGUCAAUAAAAAUAAAAUUAGCUAAGAUAUUUGUUAAGCUGCAAAAUGUAUAAAAUAAAUUAAACUAAGUGCAAAUAUAAAAUAAAUAAAAAUA